AUGCAGAUAGUGUUCACCAUCAACGGGAAGGUGCAUAAAGUGAACAGUGGUACUGUACCGGUUGACACCUCGUUGGGAACCUUUCUGCGGUACCAUGUCCAGCUCAAAGGCACCAAGUUCAUGUGUCGCGAGGGUGGCUGUGGGGCUUGUAUCGUCAACAUCAGCGGACAACACCCGGUCACGAAGGAGAUCACAUCGCGGGCCGUAAAUUCGUGUCUCUACCCAUUGUUCUCCUGCAAUGGGUUAGAUAUCGUGACGAUCGAGGGUGUUGGUAACAAGCUAAAGGGCUAUCAUGCUACGCAGCGUCGACUAGCGCACUUCAACGGAACCCAGUGCGGAUUCUGCUCACCCGGGAUGGUCAUGAACAUGUACAGCCUGCUGGAGACGAAGAACGGUCAGGUCACCAUGGAGGAGGUUGAGAAUUCGUUCGGUGGUAACAUCUGCCGUUGCACCGGCUAUCGGGCAAUACUGGAUGCGUUCAAAUCAUUGGCUGUGGAUGCAACUCCAGCGCUGUUGGCUGCCUGUCAGGAUAUUGAGGACGUGCCACGGAUCUGUUCGAAAAGCCAGGAAGGAAAACCAUGCACCGGGGUAUGCUCGAUGGCGGCCCAAUGCGAGGAAGCUAACGACAUUCAUUUAACGUUUGCUGGGGAUCGCGAGUGGUAUAAGGUGGAUAAUGUGCAGACGAUCUUCAGAAUCUUCGAGAAGAUCGGUACACGAUCGUACAUGCUAGUGGCCGGCAACACUGGCACAGGCGUAUACCGUCGACCGGAUGACCUGGAGGUCUUUAUCGACAUAAGCUCUGUAGCGGAUUUGCGCGUUAACUACUUCAAUGAUGCAAUGGUCAUCGGUGCAAACGUUACACUGUCCGAGCUCAUGGAGAUCCUGAAUGAGGCCAGUACCACAAACGGAUACGAGUAUUGUCGUGAAAUUGUGAAACACCUCGACUUGAUCGCCAAUGUGCCGGUACGAAACGUGGGUACCAUCGCCGGUAACCUUAGCAUAAAGCACAAGCACCGGGAGUUUCCCUCCGAUGUAUAUCUGUUGCUGGAAGGAGUAGGCGCCCGUUUGACGAUCGCCUCCUCAACCACCUCUACAAAGAUCGUUACGGUGGAAGAAUAUCUGUCGAUGAAUAUGAGCAAACGAAUCAUCCUAAAUCUGCUGUUGUAUCCGCUGGAUCCUGCCCACUACGUUCUACGCACUUACAAAAUAAUGCCACGGGCACAAAAUGCACACGCGUACGUGAAUGCUGUUUUUCUGCUGCAAUUUCAAACGUCCGAGUUACGGACCGCAUCGAUCUGCUACGGUGGUAUCACACCAGGCUUUACGCACGCCGUUCAACUGGAGAGUUUCCUUGUCGGGAAGGACAUUUUCCAGGAGUCUACGUUUGAGGCGGCACUUGAAUUGCUAGGUAACACAAUCACACCCAACUUCGAAGCACCCGAUGCUACGCCGGAGUACCGCAAACAGCUCACGUUGGCGUUGUUCUACCGAGCGAUCAUCAGUAUCGCCCAGGAGCGAGGUGUAUCGAUCAGCCACUUCUAUGCCAGCGGAGCAGAACUCCCCAAACGGAUGCUUUCCAGUGGUCAACAGUCGUACGACACUAUACAAGACAACUGGCCCGUAACGAAAAACAUGCCAAAGGUGGAAGGACUAUCGCAAACCGCUGGAGAAGCGGACUACACCGAUGACAUACCAAACCUGCCUGAACAACUUUUUGGAGCGUUCGUACUGGCGACAAAACCACGCACAACUAUCCUCCGAGUGGAUGCGACCGAAGCCCUUAGCCGUAACGGAGUUGUGGCGUUCUACUCCGCGAAAGACAUUCCCGGCACCAACAACUUCAUGCCGGUUGAGUUGGGCAACAACGAGGUGGAGGAGAUAUUCUGCAGCACUCGUGUGCUCUACCACGGUCAACCGAUAGGUGUCAUAUUAGCGGAAUCAUUCGAAGACGCGUACCGAGCAGCAAAGUUGGUGGAUAUCGAGUACAGCGAGCAGGACGAUCAACCCAUUCUACCCACCGUGCAGGAUGUGAUGAGAGCUGAAGCCACCGAUCGCAUUCAUCCAAGCGAUGAGGUUCAAGAGGGCGAAGGAUACGCCAGUGGAUCCGGGCCGAUACGGCUUGAGGGCAGCUUUGAUCUGCCGAGCCAAUACCACCUUUCGAUGGAGACGCAACAGUGCGUCUGCGUACCGAUCGAUGACGGUAUGGACGUGUACAGCUCAACGCAAUGGGUUGACAUCUGCCAGAUAGCGAUAGCUCGAGCUCUCUGCAUCCCCGAAAAUAGCCUUAACUUUCGCAUACGUCGGUUGGGUGGUGCAUUUGGAUCGAAGAUAUCACGCGCGUCUCAGAUCGCUUCCGCUUGUGCUAUUGCGGCGCACUUUUCCCAACGUCCGGUGCGGUUGAUCAUGACCCUCGAAGACAACAUGGCGGCGAUCGGGAAGCGGUCGGCUUGUGCUAGUCGCUACGAGAUCGAGGUUGAUGAGCGAGGACGAGUUCAACGAUUGUUGAAUCGAUUCUACCAGGACUCCGGUUGCAGUCUGAACGAACCGGUAGAGAAAGUCACGUUUCUCUUCUAUCGCAACUGCUACGACACGAGCCGCUGGAAGGUGCUUGGUCAUAGCGUGCUGACGGAGUCGGCUAGCUCCACGUACUGUCGGGGUCCUGGAACGAACGAAGGCAUCAGUAUGGCCGAGAACCUGAUGGAGCAUAUCGCGCAUCGGCUCAAACUUGAUCCGCUGGCAGUUCGCAUGCAGAAUCUCGCCGAAGAUAGCAAGAUCCGUGAAUUGCUGCCGAUAUUCUCCGCAGACGUCGAGUACGAGACACGUCGGCGUGAGAUUGAGCGGUACAAUGAGACAAAUCGUUGGAUCAAACGAGGCAUCGCGAUCGUACCGAUGCGAUAUCCACAGUACUUCGUCGGAACGCUUCACGCACUGGUGUCGAUUUACCACGCGGAUGGAACCGUCGCUAUCACUUCCGGCGGCAUAGAUAUGGGUCAAGGUGUGAACACAAAAAUCACCCAAGUGGCGGCCCGUACCUUGGGUAUCCCGGUGAGCAUGAUUCGGGUGAAAGCGAUGGCCAACAUAACCUCUCCUAACGCGAUCGUAUCCGGUGGAAGUAUGACAAGUGAUGCUGCGUGCUAUGCUGUGAAGAUGGCCUGCGAGAUACUACGCAAACGCAUCGAUCCAGUACGCGAACGUCAUCCUGGCGAGACGUGGGAGACGAUCACCCAACGGUGCCAUCAGCAGCAUGUUGACCUGUGCGCACUGUACCAGUACAAUGUGACCGAGAUGCAGCACUACGUCGUGUGGGGAUUGGCAUGUUCCGAGCUCGAAGUGGACAUUCUCACCGGCAACGUGCAGAUUCGGCGCGUUGACUUGCUCGAAGAUGUCGGUGAGAGCAUUAGCCCGGGUAUCGACAUUGGACAGAUCGAGGGAGCUUUUGUAAUGGGCAUUGGGCUGUACUUCACCGAGCAGCUCGUCUACAGUGGCGAGUCCGGUCAGCUGCUCACGAACCGAUCCUGGAACUACAAGCCUCCGGGAGCAAAGGAUAUCCCCGUGGACUUCCGCGUGAAGUUCUUGCAGCGGACACACAACGAAAACUUUGUACUGCGUUCUAAAACUACCGGCGAACCAGCACUAAACAUGACUGUUUCGUUACUGUUUGCUCUACGAAUGGCCCUAAAUUCGGCACGCCAGCAAGCAGGUCUUUCCGACGAGUGGUACCCCAUUGAGGUGCCAGCUACUCCCGAGCAAAUAUGUCUUCUGGCGGGCACCAAAAUCGAUCAACUUAAGUUAACGCAGAACUAGACCACGAGUCGAUCAAAAGAC